UCUGGCAAGCUGCUGUAAUUAGUGUGUGACGACUUUUUCAGCAAGGGGCCGCCUCCCUCCCGACCUUAUGCCUUUGUUUUGAUCAGCCAGCCCUCCUCCUUGUGUGACGUGCAGGGGCCAGCUCUUCCCAGGCUCUAUAGUAAAAGUAACCUGCACAGGCUGCUGCUGCUGUUUUGUAAAGUCGGGGAAGCGAAACCGAGAAGAGUCAGGGCUCAGAGGAUAACAUCGCUGCUUUGCAGAAACAAGGUUUCUCAGCUUACGAGACAAUGGAAAUGAAAGAUGGUGGUCAUGCAUAUGACCCAAACGCUGGCCCAAAUUACCCUCCUGCAAUGAACCCAGCUGCAGGACACAUGGGUCCAGGUUAUCCUGGGGCAGGAUAUCCACCUACUAACUACCCUGCUCCUGGGUACCCACCUGCCGGUAUGCCUGCUCCUUAUGGCUAUGCUCCAGCCCCACAAGGACCAUACCAAGGUUCCCCGGGUCAACCAAUGUAUGGUCCAUAUGGAGGAGGCCCACCAGUUCAAAACCAGCCAAUGGGUCCAGGUGGCCCACCAUCUGCAUGGAUGCCAGCACCUCCAACCAAUCCAAACUGUCCACCAGGAUUAGAAUAUCUGACUCAGAUAGAUCAACUUCUUGUUCAUCAACAAGUGGAGCUAUUAGAAGCUUUGAUUGGCUAUGAAAGCAACAACAAAUAUGAGAUCAAGAACAGCAUGGGCCAGAGGGUUUACUUUGCUGCCGAGCAAAAUGAUUGCUGUACUCGAAAUUUCUGCGGGUCUAGUCGAUCCUUUGCUAUUACAAUUGUUGAUAACAGUGGUCGUGAAAUAAUCCGGCUGCUCCGACCCUUCAGGUGUUCCUCAUGCUGUUUCCCUUGCUGCCUACAGAAACUUGAAGUGCAGGCUCCUCCAGGGACAACUGUUGGCUAUGUAGUGCAGAACUGGCAUCCAUGUCUGCCUAAGUUUACUGUUCAGAAUGAGCGAGAGGAAAACAUACUGAAGAUCCAGGGCCCCUGUAUACCAUGUAGCUGCUGCUCCGAUGUGAACUUUGAGCUGAAAUCCCUGGACGAAACCUCUGUUGUUGGGAGGAUUUCCAAGCAGUGGACUGGCCUUAUUAAGGAAUCUUUUACAGAUGCUGAUAACUUUGGAGUACAGUUCCCCAUGGACCUUGAUGUGAAAAUCAAAGCUGUCAUUCUUGGCGCCUGCUUCCUUAUUGAUUUCAUGUUUUUCGAAGACACUGGAAAUAAAAAUUAGAAUCUGAAGAUGGAUUUUCAAGCACGCCAACAGAUUACAAGGACCAGUUCUGUUUUUUAUGUUUGUUUGUUUGUUUUUUUUACAUUUUACAAACUUGUUUUUUUUUUUGUUUUUUUUAAUAACAUGUACAUUUAUACAUUCUAGUAUGUCUGCUGUAUGAUUAUACACAAGCUGCUCUGGUUUGUUUGCUACUGUAUGUGCUGGUUACAGUUUGGAUGGUUAGUUUAUUUCUCCCUGGUUUGUUCUAUAGCAUAUACUCCCUGCUGUAUGGACCUAAUAUUGUUCCUGUACGGGUUCGGUAUGACUUACCGCAGGCUCGGUAUGCCGAAUGUCAUUAUGCCGACAUCGGUAUACUGAGCGGUGGAAUGCUGGCAGGAAGGCGAGCGCAACUAAGCCUGUUGCGGGCCCAGUGGCGAGCUUCAGGUUCUAUUCUCCCUCUAUGGGUGUCAUGGAUACUCAUAGAGGGGGAAUCACCUACCUCCCAGCAUCUGUUUUGUGACCGCUGGGAUGCCGACUGUCCCCCCAUACUACUACUGUCACUGAAUGUUGGCCUUCAGUGAAUUCUGUGGCCAGUUACUUAUGGUCUCAUUCUAAGUUGGGAGUAAAGCAAAAAGCAAGUAACUGCACCUGGACAAGCAAUGUUGCACUGCAGAGGUGCAAAUACAUUUAUUUUUACACGCAGGGUACAUAUUGACUGCUUUUGCAUGUAGUCCUUAAAUGCUGUAGAGAUUUAUUUUUACACUCCAGUUUAGAUUUGCAAACCUCUCAAUUGUCUUGCUUCCAGUGUAAAUUUGGGAGUAUACCGCUGUCCCCGCUGUAGUCCGCAGUGUCAGGGAGAGAGGGCACUGUCAUCUCUGCAUAGCAGUGGGUGAAUAGAUGCCACAUGCAGGGUGAGUCUGGGGGCAGUCCAGCAUCUCUGAGCAUGCUGGGCACAACCCCACAGUGCUGUUACAUGGAGUGUCGUGAGGCUCUACCCCCUUGCCACGAGGAUCCACUUGUUUUUCGGCCACGCGCAAAGUGUCCUGAUUCUUGGACCUGCAAAGUGGGAGGUAUGGAUUUGAGUUUAGACCAGUUCCUUUCUAAUCUAAAUCUCUGCACUAUUUAAAUCUUCCCAAGCAGUGCAACAUGGUUUUACAAAGGUGCAGUUGCAUGCCAUUUUUGCUUUACUCUAAACUGAAAAUCAGGCCCUUAAGGUCAGUGACUUGAGGCAAAUGGUAUACUCUGUACAUAUGAAUCCACGUUUUAAUGCAUUGAUACUUCUAAAGCAAAUUAAAGCUGCUGUAUCAGUGUAGUUUAUUGUGAUUUGAUCUAGUUUUAGCUUUAUCUCUCAUUUAGUAGAACUUUAAUGUGUGUUUAUGUUUGCAUGAUGAAUAUUGAAUAUGCAAGAAUUUUGCUAAUCACAUGUAAAUAAAAACUACCUCCAUUUAAAACAGCCAAGAUUAAUGAAUGUACUAUUUGAGAUAUGGGCAUUUAAAGAACACCUGCUGCCUCAUUUUCUGAGAUCAUUGUGCCAAACACAUUGAUGUGAUGCCCUAUGACCACAUGUUUACUGCGCAAUGUGUUACAUGCGUGUAUGCAAUACAGGACCUUUCUAAAUGAUUAGAAGACGGCCUUGUGGUGGGUGAUUCACUGAGGCUAGCUUCGUAAUUUUUUUUUUUUUUAAAGAAUCCGCUUUGAAGUGUAUGAGGUUUAUUUACAAAGCACAGGUUCUAAAACCUGGUGCUUCUGACUGUGCUUACGUCUGUUUUAAAAUAGCAAUGCAUUUACUAGCCGUAUCUUGCUGGAACAGUUAUUGCCUUUUGUAAGUAUCGGGCAUAAACAUGAUCGGCAUCUGUGUUUUACAACCUGACGCUUUGUAGAUACUGCAUACCCCUAUGCAUUACCUCUCUAUUGCUGGGGGAACAGAUAGUGAUUGCUUGUCAGUUAGACAAGUAUAAUUAUUACAGAAAACCCAUGUGAUCUAUAAAUGUAAGUUGGCAGUUUUAUUUCUUGGUCUGAUCAGUUUCAUUAGUGCUCUAGAUCACAGGUUCUCAAACUCUGUUCUCAGGACCCCACAUAGUGCAUUUUUUGUAGGUCUCCUCACAGAAUCACAAGUGAAAUAAUUAGCUCCACCUGUGGACCUUUUAAAAUGUCAGUGUAUAAUUAAUACACCUGUGCACCUGCUGGGUUACCUGCAAAACAUGCACUGUGUGGGGUCCUGAGAACCGAGUUUUGGAACCUGUGUUCUAGAUGGUAGCUACUGUGACCUACAGAGUAAAGGCUGGUUUUGUUCUUACAAUUUAAACCACUCCUCUGUAUGGUGAUUAAUGUCAUGGCCUUGCCCUCUGCCAUGCCUUCUGAGAUACAGUGAUGCAAUAUAUAGUAUAAUUUGCCUUUAGUGUUUAUGCUAAGGAACAUAUAAGGGCAUUUUUAAAAAAUUGGGCAUUUCAAAAGUGUUUAUUUUUUAAUGUCCGUAAAAGCCUGCAUAUGAGUGUAUAGAGAGAGAACCUAUCCAUCCCAUCAUCCACACGUUGGGUAGGCUAUAUCAAAAACAUUGUCUGGCUUAUGAUAUUACUGUAAUUUUUCUUUAUACCAUUUUGUUAAUAGCCUUAUAUGUAUUGCUCCACCAGCACCUGUAUAAGCCAAUUUACCUUAUAGAAAAUGCUUUUGUUAAAUGUGUAGUUUUCUAUUUUCAAAAUUUGUAUACUUACGUAAGUGUUUAAAUCUUAUAAUAGAGAAAUUGUUUUGCAUACUAGCAAAGGAAACCGUUUAUUACACAGAUUAUCAAAACCUACUUAAUUGUGUGUACCUUUCUAUUGUAUAGCUUGUAUAAUAUAGUAUAAUUGUAUCUAUGUGUAUAUGUUUAUAUAUAUAUAUAUAUAUAUAUAUUCCAUCAGACCGAACAGCACUUGGGACCACCACUAUAGUUAAUCAAUUCCAAGUGUACUGAACCAACGUUCUCUUCCGGGUUAUAAAACCAGCUUAGCUUAUUUUACCAACACUAAGUAGCCCAUCAACAGUGGGCAGACUCUACCCAUGUGAUGUACUUCUGGGUACCACAGUCAGCGUGUCCAGAGAGAUCACCUACAGCUCAUCACAUACUGUCUGCAGUGAGAUCAAUCAGACUGACUGUGUCAUUAUGCUGCUGUGCAUUUAUUCUCACCAAAACUCAGUAUACAUAAACAUACUGUUAAACACCCAAACUAAAAAUGAAACAAAACAUAGGAGAAUUAAUGCUGCUAGGAGUAAUGACCGAAUCAAAAGUGGGUUUAUUGUCACAAAUAGCAGAAUGACUACUAUUAUCUAAAACACCAAGAUGGGGUAUUACAAUAAAAUAAACAGAUACAUUGUAUAAAGAUGCAGGAUACAUGGAGUGCUUAAACAAUGACUACUAUAGGUCAUUUUAGAGGAGACUGUUUCAGUUAAUUUUAUCAUUAAGUCCCAGUUGAGCUAUGGUACAGUAUUAAUCUAAACAUCCAUCUUUUCUUUUAUGAAUAGUUUGCUGGCACUCAUUCCCCCACGAUAGGACUCGGGAACAUGAUCCAUCUUGUAAUAACAUAGACAGGCCAUUAUGGCCUGCUUCUCUAAAGUGAAGGCUGAUCAGUCUGCCUGCCUUCAUGGGCCAUCCUAAUCGGCUGUGGUAUGUUACUUGGGUGGAGUUGCAUGGUCUGACCAGAGACUACACGCUAAUUGUGGGAUACUUAAUGGUGGUGUGAGUUGUUCCUAUAACCCUGUCGAAAAAACAUGUAAUGCUUUAAAGCAUUGAUUCAAUACUCUUGGAAUUGAUUUUCUGUCUUGGUCCCUAAGUGCCAUGACAUCUAUGUUCUAUUAAUGUGAUUUGUUGGCUCUGUAAAUCUAUCUUUUGGCUUAAAUGGCAUAAUGUAUCUAAAAACUACAAGCUGUGACACAUAUAGUGUGCUUUUAUUUUCCACAGAAUAAUGAUUUUGAAAGCAGCCAAUAAAAUGUGUGUGUGAGACUAUUUUGCAGUGUGUUUUGUGUCACCCAGGCACAUGUGCACCAUUUUUUGUCUUUUUAAAAUCCCUAUUUCUGUGCAUAAUGCUAUAAAUAGCCUGCUUUGCAUAAGUUCCAUGUUUGUAAAUAAUACACUGAGCUACACCAGUCUAUUCUUUCAUGUAUUUCAUGUUUCAGAUAUUAUCAAACUGACCAUGCUUGGCUGCUAUCCGUGUAAGCACUAUCUUACUAAAUCACUUUCAAGCCUUUAAACUCGCUUUGAUCACAAAGUGCCUAAUUAAAGAACAUUGGCCCUCAUUCCGAGUUGUUCGCUCGCUAGCUGCUUUUAGCAGCAUUGCACACGCUAAGCCGCCACCCUCUGGGAGUGUAUCUUAGCAUAGCAGAAUUGCAAACGAAAGAUUAGCAGAAUUGCGAAUAGAAAAUUCUUAGCAGUUUCUGAGUAGCUUGAGACUUACUCCUACACUGCGAUCAGUUCAGUCAGUUUCGUUCCUGGUUUGACGUCACAAACACACCCAGCGUUCGCCCAGACACUCCCCCGUUUCUUCGGACACUCCCGCAUUUUCCCCAGAAACGCCAGCGUUUCUCUGCACACACCCAGAAAACGGCCAGUUUCCGCUUAGAAACACCUACUUCCUGUCAAUCACACUCCGAUCACCAGAACGAUGAAAAAACUUUGUUACGCUGUGAGUAAAAUUCCAAACUUUUGUGCUAAUUUACUAGGCGCAGGCGCACUGCGAACAUUGCGCAUGCGCAGUUUGCGACUAAUCGCUCCGUAGCGGAAAAAAAUAACGAGCAAACAACUCGGAAUGACCCCAAUUGUGUCAGCACUGAGUUCAACAGCAUAUUGACCAAUUAUUUAGUAAACUACCUCUUAUCACUAUAGACUAACUGGUAUAACAGUCAUACAUGUAUAUGCAAGUUACUGUUUUGUAUAAAGGUAAAAAUAAAUGUAUAUGCAUAUUC